AUGUUUCACCGUUUGGUUUGGUUAUUUACUUUGAUUAUUCUAUUGUGCACUGGAUCAUCAUCAACCACAGCGUUCGCUCGGACACCAACCAAGGCCUCCAUGACAAGAAACGGAGAAAGAGUUUGGGAUCAAAGGAUGACCGAAAAAAUCAAGAUUGACGUAGGACGCAGUACUUCAAUACCAGCACGUCAAAAAGAUAAACCAAGUCCAGGCGCCAAGAUGUAG